ACUCUCGUCGCGUCACAUGAUUUUAUGAUGUGUUGGUUCCAAUCCUGAUGGCUGCGAUCAAGACGUAGUUUUGGACAGCUUUAUUGCGGUCCUAAGACUCCCCGGGCUACCUGGAGGCGUUGUUCUAGGAAUAAGUAUCACAAGGAGACCCUUCCCGACUUGGAGAUAUCGUCCAACCGCUCCAAAAUAGCCGAGAAGUCGGGUAGGCGUUCUUUUUGACAGGAGUAAAAUUUAACGUCAUCGUCUGCAAAGAGGAGGGGUCAACCGGGCACAGUAUCAACCGAUCAACAUUUGCAGAUGUGAGACAAGAAAAAAACCGUGGUACUGUGCGUUAACUGUCUGCUGUAACCCACCGGGAAACAGGAAUACCGACCAGAACUAAAAAUCCACGUUGUGAGAUUGUAGAGCUUCAAAAACGGGCCAUUCUAUUAUAUUUGUGCAUCUAAAUGGGGAGGGGCCGGUUUUGAUAAUCUAGGUUCCGAUUUGGGGGAUUUCAGGAAGCAUUUUUACAGGUGCAAAAACCUGUAUUGUUUUAUCCUUGCCUCCAUGGGCGCCGCCAUCUUGUUUCCUGUGAACUAAAAGUAAAAUAAGGUUAAAGUGGAAUCAUGAUGGAGGUAGACUUGGGGAUCGAGACGGUGUACGGCAGCGAUGACACGUCGACCGGGGUCAUGUCGGAGAAGGUUUCGGCGCUGGCCAGCAGUGUGUAUCAGGAGUUCGAGAGGAUGAUCAAGAAGUACGACGAAGAUGUGGUCAAGGAACUCAUGCCUCUGGUGGUCAAUGUCCUAGAGAACUUGGACAUCGUUACCCACGAUAAUCAGGAACAGGAGGUGGAACUGGAGUUGUUACGAGAUGAUAAUGAACAGCUCAUCACUCAGUACGAGAGAGAGAAACAGCUCCGCAAACAUGCAGAACAGAAAGCGUUGGAGAUGGAGGACGUACACGAGUUACAGCGGCGUGAUCUUCAGAACCGCACCGAGACGCUGGAGAUGCAGACACGACAGUUAGAACUCAAGUGCAAAAACUACUCCGAUCAGAUCACUCGACUUGAGGACAGAGAGAGUGAGAUGAAGAGAGAAUACCAAGCCUUGCACCAAAGACACACGGAGAUGAUACAGACCUACAUGGAGCACAUAGAACGGACCAAGAUGGCACAGUCCCUGGGACAGGAUGUGGCCGCAAGUCCAAAGGCAAAGUUGCACAGCAUACUGAACCGCCCGUCCUCUCCUAACUACUACGCCCUGAGUAACCAGGAUGUGGGGUCUCCUGCCUCGCCCAAGACUCCGCAGGCCAUGUCACUCAUCGAGGGCGAUGACGUGCUGGGGAGGAGCCCUGCUAGGGACAUCGUGGGUCUUAAAAACACAACUGAUCUCAAGGAUGAGGAAGGAGGGGCCGAAAACGGUGCGGCACAAUUGCAUGUGGAAGAAAAGCAUGAUGGGACAGAGUCCCGCGCGACAGACACAGCAGCUGCCGACGUAUCCCAUGAUUCUGUGCAUGAUGGCACCGCUGAUGUUGUAACCCCUGACCUCGCGAAUAAAGACGAAAAAGCAGCCGCAGGGGACAGGCCGACGUCCACUGAAGCCAGUGAAUUUAUUUUGUUGGGAGGCAGCCCUAACACGGUAGAGUCUGAGAUUCGGCAAACCAUGACAGACAAGAGUUUAGACAUUCAAGCCGAGCUGUGUGAGUUACCACCGCUGCCUCUAUGGAGUAGUGAAGCCCUCAGAAACGGAGGAUCAGACAGAAGAGUUCAGGACAUUCUCAACACCACCCCAGAACUCUCCCAGACACAACCCAUCGAUGUGCCAGGAGCAACAAGCACCCCACUCAAGUCAAACCAGGACUCCCUGUUCCAAGAGCUGACCACCCAGGACUCAGAAGCACUAGGAGAGAUGGAUGAAGGGGCUGACAUCACAGUCAGUGACUCCUUCUUUGGUAUGGGGAAGGAAGUGGAGAACUUGAUUGCAGAGAACACACAACUGUUGGAGACGAAGAAUGCCUUGAACAUAGUGAAGGAUGAUCUUAUAGCCAAAGUAGACGAGCUGACCAGUGAGGCAGAGAUGUUGCAGAAUGAGGUCUCAGCUUUGCAAACCUCCAAACAGAGACUAAAGCUGAAGGUCAACGACCUGGAGGAGGAGCUACGGAAGGCAAGAGCAGAAGUAGAAGAGAUGAAGAAAGGCCCACAUGAUGAAGAUGAUGAUGUGCCCAUGGCACAGAGGAAGCGCUUCACCCGAGUGGAGAUGGCUCGUGUCCUGAUGGAGCGUAACCAGUACAAGGAACGACUCAUGGAGCUACAGGAGGCCGUCAGAUGGACCGAGAUGAUACGGGCUUCGAGAGAAAACCCAGAACUUGCUGCUAAGAAGAACAAGUCGUCCAUAUGGAAGUUUUUUAGCAAUCUAUUUAGUUCGUCGUCUAGUUCAAGUACAGCCAGUAAAAAGUCGUACCCACCAGUGAACGUGCGCUACAACGCACCAGCCUCUCAAGUCCAGCCUGCCGGGAACCCUGACCGUGUUCGCAGUAACACCUUCUCCGCCAUGGGAGACAAAUCUAAGGCCUUCAACUUCCUCGCAGAAGACAGCAACCUGAGUGAAAUCGAGAGGAAACGUCGGGAGAAGCAGGAGCAGUACAAGCGUGUUCGCGCUCACGUCAGGAAGGACGACGGGCGCAUGCAGGCGUACGGCUGGAGCCUGCCCGCCAAGUUUAAGGGUCCCUCCAUGACGGAGUCAUCACGUAACUGUGUCGUGUCCGUCCCCGUCCCCGUGUACUGUCGGCCACUGCUGGAGAAAGAGCCUGGCAUGAAGAUCUGGUGUGCUGCGGGAGUGAACCUAUCCGGAGGUAAGACGCGGGACGGAGGGUCCAUCGUGGGAGCCAGCGUGUUCUACUCUGACAGUCUGCCUGAUGAGGACGGCAAGAAGCGAGGCUCGCAGACAAGCAUCGACAAACUGGACGCUGAACUUAAGGAGAGAGAAAAGCUGCUGCCCACCACAGAGAACAUGUCGUCCAUGGUGUGGAUCUGUACCAGUACACACGCCACCAGUAAGGUCACCGUGAUCGAUGCCAACAACCCACAGGAGAUCCUGGACACCUUCUCUGUCUGCUCAUCUCACCUGCUCUGUAUAGCCAGUGUACCAGGUGCGAUGGAAGAUGACUAUCCCCCAGAAGACUUUGUGAUCAAAGGGAACGUGGUGGUGGACACAGACUCAGCAGAAACUAACAAGUCUGACACCAGCAGUGAGUCAGGCAUCGGUGGCAUCACUGUGGUGGGCUGUGCUACUGGAGCUGUUCCACCCAGUCAGAACGGAAAAGCCGCAGGAACCAAAGAUGUAGAGAGCCCUGUAGAGAUAGCAAAGGAAGCCACAGAAAUCCCCACCCCAGCCCAGGAGCAGGCCCCUUCAGUGCUAGGAGAGAAGAUGGUGCAGGUUAAGGUGGAGGGAGUGACUCCGGAGCAGGGUGAGGAGGAGGGAGUUACUCCAGAGCAGGGUGAGGAGAAGAGGGAUCAGGGUGAGCAGGAGGAGGCUGAGGUAGAGGAGGAGGCUGGACCUGGGGAGUUGGAUGAGUUUGCAGACCCGCUCGGUGCCACUGCAGGUGGAGACGGCCCAGAAUACACUGCUGUGCCUCUUACCCAGACUGCCCCUGCCCCACGAGACAGCCUCAUUAAGGACCCCAACUCCCUGUUUAAGGACGGCAUGGCGGCUAUACCGGAGGGAACCGGUCUGCCGGAGGUGGCUAAGAUGAGCAGUGUUCUCCCCACCAUGUGGCUGGGAGCACAGAACGGAUGUCUGUAUGUGCACUCAUCUGUGGCACAGUGGAGAAAAUGCCUGCAUUCCAUUAAACUGAAGGACUCAGUACUCAGCAUAGUCCAUGUAAAAGGCCGCGUCCUGGUAGCCCUGGCAGAUGGAACUCUGGCAGUGUUCCACAGAGCAGCAGAUGGUCAGUGGGACUUGACCAACUACCACCUGCUGGACCUUGGGAAGCCACACCACUCCAUCCGCUGCAUGGUGGUGGUGUACGACAAAGUCUGGUGCGGCUAUCGUAACAAGAUACACGUCGUGCAGCCCAAGACUCUCAAGAUUGAGAAGACGUUUGAUGCUCACCCGAGGAAGGAGAGCCAGGUGCGGCAGCUGGCGUGGGUGGGAGACGGUGUGUGGGUGUCCAUCCGACUGGACAGCACCCUGCGGCUGUACCACGCACACACGCACCAGCACCUGCAGGACGUGGACAUAGAACCUUACGUCAGCAAGAUGCUAGGUACUGGGAAGCUGGGUUUCUCGUUUGUGCGGAUCACAGCCCUGCUCAUCUCCUGUAACAGACUGUGGGUGGGGACAGGGAACGGUGUCAUCAUCUCCAUCCCUCUCACAGAGAUUAGCACUGCCCCUCCUGCAAUACCGGCAAGUAACAAACCAAGUGGUCCUCCAGCCGCGGCAUCGGUCAGCCGUCCUGGUGGGGUCAUCAGGGUGUACAGCGACGCUAACUCGGACACGGUGACACCUGGCAGCUUCAUCCCGUACUGCUCCAUGGCCCACGCCCAACUGUCCUUCCACGGGCACAGAGACGCCGUCAAGUUCUUUGCAGCAGUGCCAGAAAUAGCAGUGCAAAUCAGUUACACCGACCUAGCAACUAAACAAGGCGUUGCUGCAGCCUUGGGUGCCGCCAUGCCCACACCCCAGCCUGAACCCAGUAAAACAGCAGGGAGCAGUAAGAACGUGUUAGUCAUCAGUGGUGGGGAGGGCUACAUCGACUUCAGAGUAGGUGAUGAAGAUGAUGAUGAGCCUGCCCCCAGUGGACCCGGUACAGGAGCGUUCGGUGACAUGUCUCCCAUGGCCAAGCCUUCCAUAUCAAAGGGAGAGCGUAGCCAUCUCAUCGUGUGGCAGAUAGCUAACGCUGACUAGUACAACGUACCAACAACGUGCAACUCUAGCUGCAAGGACAAAAUCUCGCUAAAGGCUUCUUGCCAAAUGUUGCUCCAAACUCUGGCAGUAUUUACGUAACCGUUGCCAGGUUAGUGUACAAAAUCCAGGUUCCUCGAAUGAACUGUUUCUAUCAAAUUGUUGUUAGGAAGGAGUAAAUAUUUACAAUGAAACAAUGUUCAGUGUCUUUGGGUAAGAAAAUAGGUUGAAAGAAAAAUGGAUGAGGAAAACAGCUAGGCCGUGUAGGUCAGUCUAGUCCCGGUGUCAAAAAGAAGACUUAGUGCUUGUUCUUGUUCUCUAGCUGCAAAAUUCCAGGUAUUCAAUUCUGUUCACUCUCACAGAUACACAUGUACUAUUGUUACAUACAUGUACAUGUACAGUGAGCUUGUAAUACUGAAACUACUCUAAAUACAUCAACCUUGCCUUGAAUUAUCUUGAACUUGUAGGGCUUUCACUGCUGUAACAUGCUGGACUUGUUUGUGGAGGGAUUUGUGUUCUUUUAUUUUGUAUGAAUUAUGAAUUGGGCAUUGCUUGUAAUAGUUAUUUUUUGUAUUCAUGGUUAAUAUUAUAAAUUACAACAGUUACUGUAGUUUAGUCAUGUGAUGAGAUUUUAAAGCUUACAUGUAUGGCAAAGAGAACUAGGGUUCUCGAUGUAAAGAGGUCUGUUGUGAAAAUGUUUUUAUGUUAUUGAUUAUAUUAACUACAAGUACAACUCUCAUUUUCCUUAUAAAGCGUUCAGAACACAUCAGAGGUGAAAGUAGUUGCAGAUUCAGAUGCAGGAGAUUCAAACGUGAUGGAAUGUAUGAACUAUGACCUGGCUUUUAAUUCG